GAGGGUUGACGUCAUCCCCAACUAGAGAGUUUGACAGCACGCAGCUCAAGGAGGCUGAAUGCGCAUGCGCUUCGGAGGGUUGACGUCAUCCCCAACUAGAGAGUUUGACAGCACGCAGCUGAAGGAGGCUGAGUACGCAUGCGCGUCAGGGAGAUGUAAUCAUUCACCGACUUCCGCUUCUAGGGAAGAGACUCGCUCGCAGAACCGGAAGGGGCGGGCCCAAAAAGGGAAAUGAUAUCUAGUGAGAGAACCAGCUUCCUUUUCCGGCUUUAAGCAGCUGGAGUAGCAGCUGGGAGUUGUUUCCCCGCCCCUUUUUCUGUUUUGAGGGAAAAGAAGGAGGAGGAGGCGGCGAGGGAGAGAGAGACAGGCAGCUGGGCCUUUUGUCUUGAUCUUGGCCUGGCCAUGACAGCACUGACUGGCAAAAAGGCUUAGUCCUUCCGGUGAUUUUACAGGAUGAUGAAUCUGGCAAAAGAAGAAAGUAUUCCUUCAGCCAUGUUGGAAACUGCAAGAGAAAACAGCAUGAAGGUUAAAAAGGAAGACAUGGCUGUUUGUGAGUUUUUGGAAAGAGUGGCUGAGAUGAAGGACCGUUCUCCCAAGACCAAGUGGAUUGUACAGAACGAGGACGGAACAUCCAGUUCAAUGGGAGAUGCAGUGAAGACAUGGUCAAUAUAUACAAGCACAUCUCUUCAUGGUGAUGCUCCCAAAGCAGCCUUGGUGAGACCAGAUCAGGUGACUUUUGAAGAUGUGGCUGUGUAUUUCACAGAGGAGGAGUGGGCUCUCCUGGAUCCAGACCAGAGGGCCCUUCACUGGGAAGUGAUGGAUGAGAAUUUGGGUCUUGUAUCCUCUUUGAGUGGAGAUGGACAAGAAAAUGCCAAUGAAGAGGAUCCAUAUUGGAUCAGUGACUUAUUUGGGAUCUCACAUCAAGAAAUAACACAAAAAGGGAAAGAAAAGAAUAAAUGUCCUUGUGUUGCAUGCAGGGGACUCUUCACAUCUAAAGCUAGUGUUAAUCGUCACAGGAAAACCCGCACAGUUGAAAAAUCUUCCAAAGGUGGUGACCGUGGAAAGUCCCACAGCUUCAGGAAAUGCCUGAUUUCCCAUGAGAAGAUUCCCUCAAAAGAGAAACCUUUUAAGUGCUCAGAGUGUGGGAAGAGCUUUGUCUGGAGGUCGCAUCUCAUGAUACACCGAAGGACCCACACAGGGGAGAAACCAUUUAAAUGCCUGUGGUGUGGAAAGAGCCUAAGCCGGAGGUCACACCUGAUGGAUCAUCUAAGGACCCACACUGGUCAGAAACCAUUUAAGUGUUCCGAGUGUGGGAAGAGGUUCAGUCAGAAAAGGAGCCUCACUUGUCAUCAGGCCACUCACACGGGAGAAAAACCAUUCAAAUGUUUGGAGUGUGGGAAAAGGUUCAGCCAGAAAAGAAACCUCAUUCACCACCAGGCAACGCACACCGAGAAGAAACCCUUUGAGUGUUUAGAGUGUGGGAAAAGUUUCAGUCAGAAAAGAAAGCUCACACAUCACCAGGCGACUCACACUGAGAAGAAACCAUUUGAAUGCGCAGAGUGUGGGAAAAGUUUCUUUUGGAAAAUCAGCCUUAUGCAUCACCAAGCUAUGCACACCGGGGAAAAACCAUUCAAAUGCAUGGAGUGUGGGAAAAGUUUCAGUCGGAAAGCAGGGCUUUCUUGUCACCAAGCCGUGCACACUGGAGAGAAACCAUUUAAAUGCCUGGAGUGUGGGAAAACAUUCAGUUGGAAGACGGGCCUCACAUACCAUCAAGCGACACAUACCGGAGAGAAACCAUUUGAAUGCUCAGAGUGUGGCAAAACUUUCCGUUGGAAGACAGGCCUCACCUAUCACCAAGCCACGCACACUGGAGAGAAACCAUUUAAAUGCCUGGAGUGUGGAAAGAGUUUCAACUGGAAGAUGGACCUGGUUCGGCACCAAGCCAUUCAUGUGGGGGAGAAACUAUUUAAAUGUUUGGAGUGCGGGAAAAGCUUCAGCCAGAAAAGGAAUCUCGCUCAUCACCAAGUAAUGCAUUCAGGGGAGAAGCCGUACAAAUGCUCGGAGUGUGGGAAGAGCUUCAGUUGGAAGAUUGACCUCAGCCGUCACCAGGCCAUUCACACAGGGGAGAAACCCUUUAAAUGCUUGGAGUGUGGGAAGAGCUUCACUCAGAAGACGGGCCUCACUUACCAUCAAGCGACACACACGGGGGAGAAGCCGUUCAAAUGCUUGGAGUGUGGGAAAAGCUUCAGUUGGAAGACGGGCCUCACCUACCAUCAAGCCACGCACUCAGGGGAGAAACCAUAUAAAUGCUUGGAGUGUGGAAAGUGCUUCAGCCAGAAAAGGAGCCUCAACCACCACCAAGCCAUGCACACAGGGGAGAGGCCCUUCAAAUGCCUGGAGUGUGGAAAGAGCUUCAGUUGGAAGAUGGACCUUGUUCGGCACCAAACGACGCACACAGGGGAGAAACCCUUUAAAUGCUUGGAGUGUGGGAAGUGUUUCACGCAGAAGACGGGCCUCACGCGCCACCAAGUGACGCACACUGGGGAGAAGCCCUUCAAGUGCUCGGAGUGUGGCAAAAGCUUCAGCCGAAAGAUGCAUCUCACUCGUCAUCAAGCCAUGCACACAGGGGGAACUCCUUUGGGUAAAGUCAAGGAGGAAAUUGUAUCAGUCAUAAUCUAGCAUCAGGCCUCACUUUGCAUGAAUCCAGAGAGAAAUCUUGGACACACAGAACUGGAAGAAACUCCAAGGUCCAACCCCCUGCCAUCCAGGAACAUUGAAUCAAGACACCCUCAACAGAGGCCAUCCAACCUCUGCUUAAAACUGCCAGAGAAGGAGACUCCUCUACACUCACACUCCCUGUCAGAAAGUUCUUCCUAAUGUUUUGGUGGAAUCUUUUUUCCCCUGCAAUUUGAAUCCGUUGCUCUGUGUCCUAGUCUCCAGAGCAGCAGAAAACAAUGGGACAUCCUUUCAAAUAUUUAAACAUGUCUGUGAUAUCCCUUCUUGGUCUCUUUUUUUCCCAGCUCCUUCACCCAUUCCUCAUAGGGAUUCACAUUUUCUAGACUUUUGAUCAUUUUAGUCACUUUUCUCUGGACCCUUUCCACCUUGUCAACAUAACCUUCUUGGACUGUGGUGCCUAGAACUGGUGAAGUCUGACCAAAGCAGAAUAGAGUGAGCUUAUGGCUUCCCUUGACAUCCCCCCACCCCCAAUGAUCUAGACACAUUAUGUGACAUUAAAGAGAAAACAUUUUGGAAAUCUUGUUCCCAUUUAUCAACUACACUGGAUCAUCUCUCCACAGGAGAUCUACCAUAAUCUCAUCUAAAUUUUUGGAAUAGUAACUAUAAACUCUGACUGAUUUUGUUGUGUACUCAUGGUGAGUGAUCUUUGAAUUUUGUUAUAAACAAGGAUGAGGUGGAUGUGGGGGUGAUUACAAUAAAUGUAUGGCUGAAAUAGUUUUAUAUAAUAAUAAUAAUAAUAAUAAUAAUAAUAAUAAUAAUAAUAAUAAUAAAACAGGAAAAACUCCAGGAAAAACUCAGCUGCUAUCAAGACCUCAAAAUCGAACUGCAAAGGCUCUGGCAUAAACUAGUACAGGUGGUCCCAGUGGUCAUUGGCGCACUGGGUGCCGUGCCAAAAGAUCUCAGCUGGCAUUUGGAAACAAUAAACAUUGACAAAAUCACAAUCUGUCAACUGCAAAAGGCCACCUUACUUGGAUCUGCGUGCAUCAUUCGAAAAUACAUCACACAGUCCUAGACACUUGGGAAGUGUUCGACUUGUGAUUUUGUGAUACGAAAUCCAGCAUAGAGAUCUCGUUUGCUGUGACAUACUGUGCUUUUGUGUCAAUAAUAAUAAUACUUUAUAUGUAUCCCCCCCCCCCCCAUGUCCCUGAGGGGACUUAGGGUGGAUUCCAGCAUAACAAUGGCAAACAUUCAAAUACAUGAUACUGACAUAAAAUGCCAGAAAAACCCCACAUAUAAAAGUAGCAUUAAAAUCUAAAAUCAUAUUAAAAACCUAGCAUCAGUAAAUUAAACUUGACAUCAGUAAAUGAAAUUACACAUAGACAAACAAAAUUCUGUAAUAACAAAUCUAAACAAAACAUCCACACUAGUAUAAAUUUUGAAAAACAAAUUAGUGGGGAAAAGAAUUCAUAAAUAUACUACAGAAUGGGUUUUUUCACAGACUGCUUUGAACCCACUUGGGACAAAAUCAGGAUGCAGAUUGAAUAAUCCAAGAUUAAAAAUAUAACCAGAAGAAAGCAAAAAUAUUUUUAACAAAUCUUUCAACUUUUGGUUUGUCAGACUUGGGCAAUGCCACAAAAGAAUGGCUAAUCUUCCUUUCUUAAAAUGAUAUAAAUGAUCUUUUGUGGAAUUCCAAGGAAAGCUUAACUUUUAAAUGCUGGAUAAUACGAAGGUUAUCUAGAAAGUAAGGUUACAAGGCAUGUAGCUCUCGUGGGGAAUUUUCGCAGGAGAAGUUGGCAUCACUGCUGUGUAGCAGGAAGCCAGUGGAAGCGAAUGAGCAGUGCCUGUCAUCAGUAGCUCAUCAACUGGCAUUGUGGUGAAGGUUAGAGAUGAGCAUCCUCAUUCAGUUUCCCUCCAAGUGCAAAGUUCACUCUGCAAUGUGCUACCUAAGUGCUAAGGACAUGAACACCACUGCAAUUCAUAGUGAAAGUUUAUGGAGAAGACGUAAUGUCAAGACAAAAUGGAUGCAGAAUAUAUUGUGAGACUGUGAAGAAACUUCAGAGUCAUCCAAAACAAACGUCAUGGGAUGCUGACAGCGGGAGACUGUCCUUCAUAACAAUACUUGUCCGCACACCGCUCAUGCCACACAAGAGUUGUUGACAUCAUUUGGUUGGGAUGUUUUAAGCCACCCCUCUCACAGCCCCGAUCUCACACCCAAUGACUAUCAUCUGUUCACUAAAUUGAAGGAACACUGGGUGGAAAACACUUUUCCAAUGAUGAGGUGAAAAUCAAAGUGACGGACUGGCUGAAAAAGGUGGAUGGAAACUUCUUUGACAGGCAUCAAAAACUUUCCCAAGGAUGACAAAAUGUAUUGAACUGAAUGGUGAUUAUGUGGAAAAAUAAUGUAAUACCUAUGCUACAAUCCAUGUACAUUUCAUUAAAAUAUAUUCAUUUGUUUUUAAAAAAA